GUAGCUCGGUAUCGGGCCACAUUGCUGCAGGAUCGGGACAAAGGGACGAUGAUACAGGCAGGUUUCUAUGGCAACAGAGGAGGGGUAGGUAAAAUGUAGAAAUGUUGCAAGCACCCGCUCGGCUCGGUGCACCACACCGCACGCUGCUGCGAAAGCUGCUGCUAUGUGGGGGAAUAAAAAAAAAAAAAAAGUCCGGCUGCCUUUACCUUUUGGGUCGUGGAGCUCUGAACUAGGCAGACAUGGCAAUUUUUUCUCCGUUUAGCCGGGAAGAGAAAGGAGACACGGCACACGGGCCCUCGUUUUCUGCGUGUAAAAUGUGUGUGUUCUUUAAAAGGCAGUGGUUGGCUGGUUUUCCGGACAUGAUGUGGUUGAAGCUGUCAUCGUAAUGGAAAUUCAUUGCUGUAGCUAUGGUAAAUCGAGUUUUCUGCCUGUGCUGAAUGCAUUAGUCUAAUGAGAUGUUUGCAGCUGGAGAGCUGAGCUGCUGGAGGCUUGCACCGUGCUAAGAGGCAGGGAGAAGAUGGCUUUUGCCGGGCUCUGGGUGCAUGUGCCCAAAGUCCUCUGCCCGGUGGCUCCAAAUGCCCGGGCUCCCUAAAGGCACUGCCCGGCGUUUGAGCAGAGGCAAUAGGUGCUUCCCAGGUAACUUCGAGGGAGGACCCCACGCCCGGAGGAGAUGCACGCACGUCCUGCUCACCCUGCCAGCUCCUCCCCGGCCACCGCCGCCUCCCCGGCCCCAUCCCGCAGCCAGCACCGAGCUCGCCGAGGGUGAAGGCCAGCGUGGCUCCUGGGCACAUGAGUGCCUCCCCACCACCGCCCGCCAGCCGGGACCCCGUGGCCAUGCAGUCCCCACGCAUCGCGGGGAGGAAGCGAGGGCGGCCCCCGCUCCAGCCGGCGCCCAUCAAGGUGGCUGUGCACAACCUCUUCUCCGCACCGGCCGGGGCUCUGCCGCUCGUGAAGAUCCCAAAGAAGAGAGGGAGGAAGCCCGGGCACAAGCUGAAGUCUCGUGUUCUGAUGACUCCCUUAGCAGUCUCUCCGCCGAGAAGCACGCCGGAGCCUGAUGUUAGCUCGAUCCCUCAGGACGCAGCGACCAUCCCCAACUCGGCUGCCCCACAGGCUCUCACAGUCUGCAUUUACGUCAACAAGCAAGCCAGUCUGGGGCCCUACCUCGACCGAAAAAAAGUGCAGCAACUGCCGGAGCACUUCGGGCCCGAGAGGCCUUCCACGGUCCUGCAGCAGGCUGUCCAGGCUUGUAUCGACUGCGCCCUCCAGCAGAAGGCUGUCUUCUCGCUCAUCAAGCCAGGCUAUGGAGGCGAGAUGGUGCCAGUCUCAGCUUCUUUCGAGGGGAAGCAGCAUCUCCUGAGCCUGCUGGCAGUGAACAGCAUCGGCUACGUCCUGCGCUUCCUGAAGAAGCUCUGUCGCAGCCUCCUGUGUGACAACCUCUUCAGCAACCAGCCCUUCCAGCAGUACAGCGCCGCGCCAGGAACCCCGGAGGUGUACGAGAACAGACGGAUGGAGGCAGAAACGGUCGUACCUGAGGAUUACCUGGUCGAUCCUGUGCACAUGAAGCGGUACAGCGUGGAUCCUGCCGACCCUGCCUUCAGCUGCGUGGGCUCCAUGUACGCCACGCGGCAGAGUCCUGCGGAUGGACGUGCAGCUGGAGGCUCCUCUUCCUCCUGCAGCCACCGUCCCACCCAGACGUCUUCAGGGGGUUCCUCCUCCACUGGCCUGCGGCAUCAGACCUCCAGCCCCACAAGGAACGGGACCUACCCUGAAGGAAACAGAAGUGCCUCAAGUCCUUCACCAGAACAAGACUCGGCUCGGCCAUCAAGCAAGAAUCCUUUGACCUGGACUGUGGAUGACGUGGUUUGGUUCGUGAAGGAUGCAGACCCUCACGCUUUAGGUCCCCACGUGGAGCUCUUCAGAAAACAUGAGAUUGAUGGCAAUGCUUUGUUGCUGCUGAAAAGUGACAUGAUCAUGAAGUACCUGGGGCUGAAACUGGGACCCGCGCUGAAACUGUGCUACCACAUUGAUAAGCUCAAGCAAACCAAGUUCUAACAAUUUCCUGAACAACAGCAGAACCUGACCUAAAUCUAGACAGAAAACUAAAGGUAACGUGCUGCCUUACAGAAAUGCAUUCUUUUGCAGAUUGUUUUCCCUUCUUUUUUAACAAAGACUUUGCCUUUUUUAACAUUUGCGCAUCUUCACGAUUUUUUUAAUCUGAUGGGAGCUUUCGGGCUGCUUGCGUUAAUAAUUUGCCAAAAAAUUAUAUACUUAUUUUGUACCAUUGAUAUUAUUAUGAUUAUAGUAAGUCCUAUUUUUGUAAUCAGAAGUGGGGAAUCAAAAGCAAACACAGCGAUGGUGUAUGCUGAGGACUGCUGGCAGACACACCGAGGGUCCUGCACCUGCUGCGGGGCCACCGCUGGCUGCCAGCUCCACCACCGGUGCUCAAGGCUUUGGGGAAAGGGCGGCCUUUGGUCCUCUGUCUUCUGAUGGGAACGACCCUGUGUCUUGCACUAUCAUCCGGAAAACUUGAAUUCUGCAGCUUGAAAAUGAAAAGGAAAAAAAAAUAAAGAAAAGUAGGAUUAAAAAAAAAAAAAAAAAGAAGAAGAAAAAUGAAAAAAAAAAUAAAAAGAAAAUUUUAAAAUUUAAAAAAAAAAAAAAGAAAAAAAGGAAAAAGAAAAAGAAAAAAAAGUGGGAUUGAGGGAUUUUUUUGCAGCCGAAGUACUUUUUCCCACUAGAGGGAGCAGCCCUAACAGGCUUGGGGCUGGAGCUCAGCUGACACGGUGCUUUCUGUCUGAUGAGCUUUGACCAUCACAACUCUCCCAGCCAGCACAUCUCCAAAUACUGACAAGGAAUCGCAGGCUCCCAGCAGGAUGAGCCGUCGCCGUUUACAGAUAAUUAUUUCAAGAAAAGCCCAAAUGCAGAAAGCAUUUCUGACAGGAUGUUUCCCGUUAAGCCGAAGAGGGGGUGGAUGGCUCCCAUGGUGUCUGGCGUGCUCAGCUGUCGUCUCCCUUCCUUGCUGGCUGACGUAUGGUUUUUGGCACUCUUUUAAGAAAAAGCAGAAUUUCUGUUUUUGGUCUCGUUUGUGCUUUUGCAAAGCGAGGGAGCUGGGUGGGAGCGUUCCCCACGAGGAGCUGGCAAGGCACGGCAUGGCACAUCGCUGUGCUUGUGGGCAGGUCCGGGGCAGAUGCUGUAGGGUCGGUGCCUGAUUGCAUUGCUGCAGAGGGCAAUGCACGCUUGCUUUCAGCACGUAUGCAGAUUUUCCAGGCUUUAAGUCUCAAGUGGAUUCAAAGUAAUGCCCUCCUGCCUCUUAGUGAAAUCUAAAAGGUGCUCGUUGAUAUCCUGUGCAGCCAGGCUAGGAGAAGGACAGGUCAAAGGCCAAGGAGGCAAUUUGGGGGGUGGGUAAGCCCUCAUCUUUAUCCUCCACAAGUAAAGAUUAUGAAGGGACACAUCCAUAUGGUUUAAACCCUUGGUGCGUGACAAGCAGUGGUGGCAAAUGUUUGUUGGUCAUGCAGGUUAUUUUAAAGCACACCUCAGCCGAACUGGGGAACGGAGGCCUGAUAAUAUGCAAGAUGUUAAACCAUCUGAGGCUGUUUAUGAAUAUUACCAAAAAUACUCAUGGACUACAAUUCAAUUUGAUGCAUGUUGCUAGAAUACAGCUCAUAAAAAGGUACCAGUGCAGGACCGAAUUAUGAAAAUCCUUGCAGCCUGCACGUGUUUGCAGGAUGGGAAUUGGAAAUCGGACCAGUUUUCAGCAAAUCUUGUCUCCAUGUCAAAACAACUCCCAGAUGAGCAGCUCAACAAGUGUGCUAAAUGAAAAGUCAUGUAUUACCCGGUGACGCCAUACACUGAACCCUAAACGUGCUGAUUCUUAGGACCCCCACCUGCAUCUCUUUGUGUCCAUGUGGCACGAAAUGGACAUCUGUUCAGUCAGAUAUCUGGCUGAGACAGAAGCCACUUCACAUCAACAUGAAAACCAUGCAGUUUCUUUUCCACUCUGUUAUUUACACAUUUUAUUAAUACACAUUUUAUUGUAUUUUCCUGGGGAGUCUGUAACCUCACCUUUUGUUCUGAGAGUGGAAAAAAAAAUCAGAGCUACAUAAUUUCCUGAAAAAGAGCCAUUCCCAUUCAGCUCUGUGUCUCACCUCCACCUUCCCACUGCGAGGCCCGGUAACACCUAGGCAGUAUUUCUAGAUUCCUCAGUGGCAACGAUGCUCAUACAUGUAAUGUGCUGAGGUAGUUUUCAUGUAUGUACCUAACACACACGGUCAGUGGUGCUAUCUCGUUUGAUAUGAACCUUCUCAGCAUGACAGGACUGUCCACACCAUGAUAUUUAAUGCGCUGCCUUUUACAGGGGAGGUGUUUAGGGACUUCGUUUUACACGUGAGUAAAGUUUACAAAAGAAAUCCCUCACUGUGUGUUUUUUCACCAAAAGGCAGUUAGGGGGCAAACAUUACUGCAGUAAUAUUGCUACUAAUAAUCAUUGUUUCUCUUUCGAGCCUUGCCAGGGAGGGUGGUUGAGCUGUGCAGAGUGUGUCAGGCCAUUUCCUAGGAACAAGCCCUCGAGAGUCAGAAGAGGCAUGUCACCGCCUCUCGAUUAGCUGCUAUUUUAGACAUUGCUGGUACAAAAUUGCUUUGCUUGCUUUCCUCUUCAGAGCUCUCACUUCAGCCUGCCUCCAACCAAGCUGUAUUUCUGAUCUCCUGCAAACAGGUGGGUGGAUGCACCUGCCCCCAGGUGCGCGCUGCGUGCCCCUGGUUUCUGCUUUUGGGCACUCACAGCUGGAUCAGGAGGCACUUCACUUGCUUUAAGCAAUCUCAGUACUUCGUGGGCAUCUGCUU